AUGGAAGACUAAAACUAAAGAUUUUUAAUUACACUGUAGUGUAGUGAAAGACUAUCAGGACUCAGGAGUCAGGACUGAGAGUAGUAGACAGGACAGGGCGACACUAUGACAUUUACCUUGUGAGAGAAGAUAUCAGGCAAGAGGUAAAACAUCUCUCAAAAGUGAUGCUCCCUUGGUGGUUCAAGGACAAUCGAUAGUUUAAUCAUCGAAAAAGGGUUGAAAAGGAAAAAUUCAACAAUGUCGUGGAAAAGAAAAAACGACGGCCUCCUGGCCAAAGUCAACUUUCCACCCUACAGCUUGGAAAUGCUCACCAGCAGGCACGUACUCGUUGGUGGUGGCGGUGGUUCGGCCAAAACAGGCAUUGCCAAUGGAUUUGAAAUAUUCGAACUAGCUCACAACGGCACGCACUUUGUGGCUGAAGAGGUCACGAGAUACGAAACUGGUGGCAACGUCGUCAUGAACACUGCUACGUACAACGACGAGGGCAGAAAGAUGUGGCUGGCUGCGGGACAGGAGAGUGUCUGUCAGUUGUACAACAUACAGGCCAAAGUUGUAGUUGCUGAGAACGGAGAGAUCCCGAAAAAAACUUCUUUCUCGGGUAAAGAGGAUCUCAGGCAAAGGAGGAACAGUGAAUCCAAGGCGAGUGUGCCUAGAAAAGACAGCAUUGAGGACUUGACCAGUCAAUUUAAGCCUAAACGCAAAAAACUGCAGCUCGUGGUUCAGCCUGUGAAUAAAGUUCAAACUGACUUUGGAAGUAUGCAACCUGUACAGAGGGUCGUUAGGAUAAGCCUAAAUGGGAAAGUUAUGGCAACAGGUGGAACAGAUGGAUACAUAAGGCUUUGGAAGUUUCCACAACUGGACAAGCUUCACCAAUUGAGAGGCCAUGAUAAAGAAAUCGAUGACAUCGACUUUUGUCCCAGAAGCCAACAACUUGCUACCGUAGCUAAAGAUGGCAAGCUGAUAAUCUGGGACGUGAACAGUGGCUCAAAAAUCAAACAGCUUAACUGGAAUCCCUCGGAAACGCAAAAGUCCAUCUUCAAGAGAUGUCGUUUCCAAAGAACUGCAGAAGAUCUCAAACGGCCUCCUCAUUUGUUCACGCUAUCCAAUUCUUUGCCAGCAAAAGACAGAAAAAACAAAAUGCACUAUGGCUUCCUGCAGCUCUGGGAUAAUCUAGAACAAGGAACAAUUAAACGACUUGUCACCUACAAGGAGGUCCUGUCAGAGCUGGCUGUCUCUGACGAUGGUAAAUUCGUAGCUGUAGGAACAAUGUCCACUGGCUCUGUAGAUAUGUUCAUAGCCUUUAGUUUGCAAAAGGUACUGCAUGUGCCGAACGCGCACAGCAUGUUUAUUACAAAUCUUGAAUUUCUUCCAACCAAACUUGAUGGACCAGCUAUCACAAGUAACACAGAAGCUGCUGUUAUCAGCUGCUCCGUAGACAACAAGAUUUGUAUACACAGUAUACCUUACAGACAUACGCUGCCAUUCUGGCUGGUUCUUGUACUGAUUAUUAUAAGCAUCUGUGGUGCAUUUAUACUAUGCAGUUACGUGGGUAUUUGACCAAAAGUCUUUACCACGAAUUUCGUAUCAAAUGUAAAAUUUGCACGUCAUGUUCACGGUAUAGGCUUGAAAAUUUCACGGUAAUGUGAAUUGCAGAACAAAAAAAAAUAGGAAUCAAUUGAUAAAAAGAACGCAAAUAUAUUUUUUUUAUUAGUUACUGUAUUUAACUUGCGUUUUUUCUUUGUUUUUUUACAACAGCCUUGAGCAGUGUUGUGAAUGCAAAAACAAAGUCUUUGUUCGUUAUUUAUUAAUGUUCAGUGGAGUAAUUAUAUUUAUAUCAUACUUAUUGCACAUAAAUAAUAGGUGAA